CACACGCACAGACCCCUCCCCCCUGUCAGCCGCUCUCCGUGUUAAUCCGCCUUUCUCUCGCUCUCUCUCUCUCUAUCUUUGCGGUCAUUAUGGCGGAAAUAAAAACAGGAAUAUUCGCCAAAAACGUGCAGAAACGUCUUAACCGCGCACAAGAGAAGGUACUGCAGAAACUGGGGAAAGCAGACGAGACCAAAGAUGAACAGUUUGAACAAGUGGUGAUUAAUUUCAGGAGACAGGAGUCUGAAGGUUCUCGGCUGCAGAGGGAGAUGAAAUCCUACAUGUCGUCUAUUAAAGGAAUGCAGCAGGCGUCCAUCAACCUGACGCAGUCUCUGCAUGAAGUCUACGAACCAGACUGGCAUGGGAAAGACGACGUGAUGACCAUCGGGAAGGACUGUGAUGCAUUGUGGGAAGACUUCCAUAACAAACUGGUGGACUCGACGCUCCUGAACCUAGAUGCAUACCUGCAACAGUUCCCAGACCUAAAGACUCGUGUGGCCAAGAGAAGUAGGAAACUGAUUGACUAUGACAGUGCUCGUCACCACGUUGAAACUCUGCAGACGUCUGGAAUGAAGAACGACCGCAAGAUGAUGAAGGCAGAAGACGAGCUGAAAAAGUCUCAGAAGGUGUUUGAUGAGCUGAACGUGGGUCUGCAGGAUGAACUGCCGACCCUCUGGGACAGCCGAGUCGGCUUCUACAUCAGCACCUACAAGAGUGUGACGAGUCUGGAGGCAAAGUUUCACAGAGAAAUCUCCCUUGUGUGCAGGCAGCUGUAUGAAGUUAUGACCAAACUGGGCGAACAGCAUUCUGACAAAAUGUUUACCAUCCAAGGAGCCCCGAGUGAUUCAGGACCAUUACGACUUGCUAGAACCCCGUCACCACCAGAAGAUGAGAGUCCACUUGAGAGUCCAGAUUCCAGCUCCAAUCAUAUGCUCCGUCCUGUCUCACCUGGACCACCACGUCCAAAAUCCCCAACACAGUUUAAAAAGGGACCACCGGUUCGUCCACCCCCAAAGGCCACACCAACGAAGGAGGUGGCGGAGGAGCAGAUCAUUGACCUGUUUGGAGGAGAAUUUUUACCUGCACCUUCACCAUCGCAGCCCAAUGAACGACCUGGAGAAUCUCUUCUUGACCUGGACUUUGAUGCUUUUCAGCCUGAUGAGAGUGUUUCACCGAUACCACAGACUGCUGUACCUUGGGAUAUGUGGUCGGGAAACUCUCAAACUGCUCAGCCUGCUACAGAUGGCGGCUUCGUCGCCGACUGGUCUGCUGACUUUGGUUCGGUCUCAGCAAAUGGAGAUACCUCUUCGAGUGCCGAGGCCCCUGGUGCCGUUGCUGUAGAACCUGACGAGACGGAGGGCGAGGCAGAGGGUGGGGCUCAGGACAGGCACCAGGCAGAUGGCUGGCAGACGGGUGGAGAUACAGCCACACCUCCUCAGGACAGUGAGGCAGCCACAGCAACUGAAAACGAGGUUAGAAAGUGGGACUCUCAAACUUACCCCAACCUUACCACUGCAGUCCGAGGUGAUGAGGAUGAGACAGGUCAGAAAGAUGUUGGGGGGGGCUUAUCAGAGCUGGAAGAACGCAGGAAGUCCACCCCAGGACUGAUAUUCACCAACGAGUUCGGAGAACAGAUUAAGGACAGCACAGAGGACAGAAGAGAGAAGUUGUCCGGGUCUCCAGAAAAUUCUGGGUCUGAGUACGAGACUGCUGAGGAAUGGGGGGAUGGAGGUCAGGGGGGAGGCUGGGGGAGUGCUGAUGAUGAACUUACAUAUGAUCACCACCCACUGUGUGACUCUGAUGGGUGGAGACAUGAAGCUUCACCAGUGAGCAACAUGAAGAGAGAUUGUUUAAUAGAAGACAAGCUCACAUCAGUUCACAGAGACCUUUCUGAUCCGGGAGGUUCGUUUGAUUUAGUUCCCUCAGCUGAAACACAGGGAGGAGGUGCAUUUGAUUUAGUUCCCUCAGCUGAAACAAAGGGAGGAGGUGCGUUUGAUUUAGUUCCCUCAGCUGAAACAAAAGGAGGAGGUGUGUUUGAUUCGGAUCCUUUUGGCAAAACACAUGGAAGUGGUGCGUUUGAUUCGGAUCCUUUUGCUGAAACACAGGGAAGAGGUGCAUUUGAUUUAGUUCCCUCAGCUGAAACAAAAGGAGGAGGUGCGUUUGAUUCGGAUCCUUUUGAUGAAACACAGGGAAGAGGUGCGUUUGAUUCGGAUCCUUUUGCUGAAACACAGGGAAGAGGUGCGUUUGAUUCGGAUCCUUUUGCUGAAACACAUGGAAGUGGUGCGUUUGAUUCGGAUCCUUUUGAAGAAACAAAGGGAAGAGGUGCGUUUGAUUCGGAUCCUUUUGAAGAAACAAAGGGAAGAGGUGCGUUUGAUUCGGAUCCUUUUGAAGAAACAAAGGGAAGAGGUGCGUUUGAUUCGGAUCCUUUUGACGAAACACAGGGAAGAGGUGCGUUUGAUUCAGAUCUUUUGACGAAACAAAGGGAAGAGGUGCGUUUGAUUCGGAUCCUUUUGAGAAACAAAGGGAAGAGGUGCGUUUGAUUCGGAUCCUUU